AGUAACAGUUGUUGAGUGUCUCCAACUUGCACUUCAGAAGUGAGGCUAGAUGAUUCACAUGUUAUCCCUGUUAAUCAUAGCAAGAACAUACACGUGAGGAGCAUUAUGGGCCCCAUUUUACAGAUUGAAAAGCUCAAGUCAAGAAAGUUAAAGUUUUUAAAAUAAUUCCUAAAAAGUUAUCUGGCUCAAAGUGGGACCCAUAGUCUGAUCUGAAGAGACUAACUUUAAACUCUGCCUUUUAGGCUACCUGUGAAGAUUGCCUAAAACAUCAAGCUAAGCAGAAUAACUCCAAAAGGACCAUAAUUCAAGAGUUUCUGAUAUAGAACUGAACUCUGUGAAUACUGAGGGGGGAAAAUGAAUCAAAAUAACUCUUCUACAUCGCUGCCUGAAGAAGUUACUUUACAGAUUUUCAGUCAGCUGGACAUUCAGAGUUUGUGCAGGGCUUCAAUGACAUGCAGGAGCUGGAAUGACAUAAUAAGAAACAAUGACGGCUUAUGGAAACCUCAUUGCUUGGCUCUACGAGCUGUGUGCGAACGAGAAGUAGAUGAUGAUCGGAAAAGCGGUUAUUCCUGGAGGGACACACUACUGAGGAAUUACAAGAAGAGUCAAGUAAAACAUUCUUGGCUAAGUGGCAGAUUCAGCAACAUAGAUUUGCCUACUCUCCUGUCAGAAACAACCAUGUGUCCAAUGGAUAAAGGAACCUGGGGGGAAAUUUUAGAAGCAGAACUGAAUAGAUCAGAGAUUAAAAAUGACGGCAGAGUAAGUGGAUGCUGCACUCCCAAGAACAAACUGGAAUGA